AUGUUUACUACCUGUGACAUCAAUCGAACCCCAUUACAAACCACACGAAGAAUUCUCUCAGACUUCCCGAACAGCCAACACCGACCUGUGCUUGUGGAGGUUGGUAUUAAGAUGCCCUUAACAAACUCCAUGCCUUUGCCUCGAUGGAACUUCCACAAAGCAGACUGGCCCAAAUUAAGCGCUGACAUGGAUGCUGCUAUCAGAUGGAUACCGACCUGUGCCGAAAACUACAAGAGAUUCACUAAACUUAUAAUAGCAACAGCAAAAAAGAGCAUUUCCCGAGGCUACCGCAAGGCGUACAUCCCUUCCUGGGCGGAAGAAAGCGAAAAACUAUUUGAUGAGUACACGCGCACGGGUAACCAUGAAAUAGGUGAUGACCUUCUGAAAUCUCUCGACGGAGGGCGUCGAAAUAGGUGGCUCGAUACCGUGGAGUCAAUGGAUUUUAAGGCUUCCAGCAGGAAAGAUUGGAGGGUGCUCAAUGGGUUGGCAGGCAAGACUGGAACAAACUUUCGUGGCGGAUCUGCUCCACUAGCCAACGCGAUUGCAAACAGAAUAGUGGAGGUGUCCCGAGUUAAAGGCAGGAAGGAUGAUACCCGGGCGACACGACAGUGCGCUAAACAGCUCAAGGCGUCGCUACCAAUUGACUACCAGCUGUCACGAGAAUUCUUCCAAGAUGAAACCGAUCGCGCCUUGAAACUAUUGCCCCCUAAUAAAGCUGCUGGUUUCGAUGGAGUCUACAAUGAGUUUCUAAAGCACCUGGGCCUGAAAUGCAGGAAAUGGCUGAAAGAGUUCUUCUCAGAUAUCCUGUUACGUAGCAAAUUGCCUCGCGACUUCAAUAGAUCGAAGAUUAUCGCUAUAUUGAAACCCCAAAAACCUGCAGACAACCCUAAGAGCUACCGUCCUAACGCCCUUGUGAACUGUGUCUACAAACUUCUGGACAGACUAAUCUACAACCGCAUUAUGCCUCUCAUUGAUAAGGUGGUCCAAGUGGAACAAGCUGGCUUCCGUUGUGGCCGCAACUGUACAAACCAGGUGUUGUCCCUCACAACCCACAUUGAAGCAGGGUUUCAAAAGAAACUGAAAACGGUUGCUGUUUUAAUAGACCUGUCAGCGGCAUACGAUACAGUUUGGUGGCAAGGAUUGGUCUACAAGCUUAUGAAAGCCGUACCGUGCAGAAAAGCGGUGGGGCUGUUAAAUAGCAUGCUUAGCAACCGUGAGUUCAUAGUUUUCCUAGGCGACAAUGAAAGUCGUACCAAAAAGCUGAACAAUGGAUUACCACAGGGUUCAGUUUUGGCUCCGCUGCUCUUCAAUCUUUACCUACAUGACAUACCUGAAACGCAGAGUCGUAAAUUUAUGUAUGCUGCAGACAUAGCACUAGCUUCCCAACACGAAACCUUCAAACCAUCCGAAGGUAUCCUUAACGAGGACUUAAGCAUAUUAGACAGAUACUUUAGGAAAUGGAGACUAGUACCAAACACUGCCAAAACCGAAGUAACUGCGUUUCACUUGACUAACCAAAUGGCAAAAUACGAGCCCACUGUUGAGUUUGCUGGAGCCAUGUUACACUACAACACAACUCCGAAAUACCUGGGAGUGACUCUCGAUUGGAGUCUCACGUACGCUCCGCACAUGGACAAAUUAUCCAAAAAGCUCCAGACCAGAAACAACAUCUUGCACAGGCUGGCGGGCACCACUUGGGGGGCCAGCGCCGAUGUGCUGCGUACAACCGGUCUCAGUUUGGUGUACCCAACAGCAGAGUACUGUGCACCAGUAUGGUCAAAUAGUGCACAUGUGCUGCAUGUGGACACCCAGUUGAACCAGACCAUGAGACGCAUAUCUGGAACCUUAAAAUGUAUCCCCCUCCAGUGGCUUCCCGUGCUAAGCCAUAUAAGCCCACGCCGUUUAAGAAGACAGCAAAUACUACUACGAGAGGCCCAAAAGAUCUACGGAAACCCCAACCUGCCAGCUCACGCGGAGUUUACUGAUCCGCCACCCCACCGUCUGAAGUCAUGUCACCCACCAUACCAGACCGCAUGUGAUCUCGUGCACAUCUGCUGCAGGAAUGGAACGCAAAACCCCCUGAUAGCAUGGGAGUUACCAUCAACCUUACACAACCGGAUGUGGGCGAAGCAAUGCCUUCAUGUCCAUGUGCGGGUGGAAGGAAUCACCGGGGUGUGA